AUGGGGGCCCUGAUGCCUAAGGCAGCUAUAUAUAAGGCAUUAUUAAUAAAUAGAAGUCAUAGGGCGUUAUACACUGAGCAAAGGCGAAGUAUCACAUUUCUUAAUAAUAUAUAUAUACUUAGGAAGGCUUAUAGUUUCGUGAGAGGCUUACGGCAUGAGUUCCCGGCUUACGUCGUAUUAUAUAGGUCGAAUGAGUUUGACUCUAUUUGUCAGGUUGUGCCUUUUUUUACGCAGUUGGAGUAUGGAUCUUUUCUAUUUGAAAAUAAAGCCGACAUCUUCAAGCGGCUUCUUCUCGGCUGGAUUAUGGAUGCCAAUAUCCCUCUCUACGGCGUUGAGCACAAGCUAUUUCGGCAGCUUCCUGCCUUCAUAGAGGACCAGUUUGUUAACGAAGUUUUACCGAUGUCGGGAAACACCAGACCACAAUUCCGCCUUCUCAGCCUAGAGAAGCUCUCUGGCAGUCAUGGUGGCGAGGAUCAAGCCAUCUUGAUGGCCAAGGUCAUCCAGAAAUAUGGCCUAGAAAAGAAGAUCGAGCUUUUCGCAACAGAUAACGCUCAUCAAUGCGAUACCUGUAUCCGGGCUUUGCUUAAGAUGUUCUAUCCCCGGUUAAGGCAGGCUAGCUAUUAG